AUGGCGCCUUCACCUCUCCAACAGCGAAGAACUCACAAUACGCUGCUGUUUCAAAAGCUCUUGAACCUCAGAGAUAAUGCAAGUCCUUUCACUCUGGUCUUGGAUAAUUUGGAGCAGAGUGGAGGACCCGUUGUGCGAGAGUUUGCGCGGCGAGCGAAGAUCUCAAAGAGCAAGAUAAUAUUCGUCUCCUUUUCUACUCUCCCCAAGAAAGUCCGGUUCAGCAUCGACGUCUUCGUUACAGCUCGCCGCAAGCCGCUAGCAGCGCUGCGGACAGAAAUCCUGUCCCAUCUCCCACCACCACCAACAGCCGCACCCAACCCAUCUACAACCCUACCAAAGUACCUUCUAAUAAUCGACACCCUCCAGUCCCUCUCAACCACGCACCCCAACCACCUAUCCCCAUUCCUCUCCUCUCUGCUCAUCUCCCCCCAGAUCUCCCUCCUCGCCACAUACCACACCGAUAUCCCUCUCCCACGCCCCACUUCUCCCUACGCGCCCCCACCGCUCACCACCCUCCUCUACCUCGCCACCGCCAUCCUCACCGUCGCCGCCCUCCCCCAUGUCCUCGCGCAGAAGCGCGCACGGGACAAGAGUAUCCAGGAACCCGUCUUCGGGAUCCACGAAGAACGCGAAGGCGUCCUCGUCGGUCUGGGGAGGAAUGUCUGCAGAGAUGAGGAAAAAGGUGUAGUCGUCAAUAUGGAGAUCCGACGACGCUCCGGCCGAGGCGUGCUGGAGAAUUUCGUCCUCCUCCUUCCCUCCCCCCCUCUUGCUACCGCUACCACUCCCGCCAGAACCACCAGCAAAUCAUCCUCACCCGCCGCUGGCCUCGCCGAGUUCGUUUUGCUCGACGACCACCCGCUCUACGCCUCUACGCCUUCGGGCGCGCCAGGAUCUGGAUCUGGAGCCGGUGGGCCGGGAGAGCAGGACACGGACGUGGAAAUGGAAAUGGCAACGACGUUCAGUCUCGGGCUGACGCAGAAGCAGAAGAGGGACAGGGAGAACGUCGUCUUGCCGUACUUUGACGCGCAGAAGGAGGGCGGAGCCGCCGGUCCCGGGGAGGGAGGGAGGAUCCUCUACGAUAUGGGCGAGGAGGAUCGGGAGGACUUUGAUGAUGAGGAAGAUGAGAUAUGA